UCAACCACCGAUGGGACGAGCACCCUGACCACGGACGGCGUGCAGCUCACGAUCGUGACGGACCGCGACGUCGAUUGGGUCACGACCGACAUCAACGGCGACGUUUUCUUUUCGGACAAGACUAAUCGGUUCGUCGGCCACCUUACCUACGCGACGAUCGAGAUGUUGGCGAAGGCCAGGGGCUUGGAGCAUUCAGUUC